CAGGGGGCGAUCCAAUGAAUGGUUAUAAAGUACGGGCAGAGGGUAUCCUGCUGUCCGGGUCUGAGUUGAAUCGAAGCAGCUCGCCUCAACUAGUUUGACACCAUGAGUAGUACCAGCCAAUUCACUGAUGCCCAACUGCUGGGCCAGAGUGUUGUUUUGCUACCAAGGGGUAUGUAUUCACUUCACCGGAACCUGAAUGAUAGUCUUCUAAUGCGGUCUAAAAGGAAGUGACGCAUUCGACCUUGACGUAGUCCUCGAUCAAAAGAGGAGAAUCGUCACGCUCAGCGAGGACCAGAGCACCGUUACGUUCCCGGAUGGCGAUACCUAUGCCAUCCCUAAGAACACGAAAUUAACAAAUUCGGCCGGCGGGACCACAACUAAUUCCAUGAGGGUUGAGACCGGGACAGACCUGGCCAGCACGCUUGAUACCAGUGCGAGUUUCAGCGCCAACUAUGCUGGUGUUUCAGCGUCCACCUCGUCGCAAUAUAGCUAUUCUCACUCUCUAAGCACGGCGAAAGUGUAUGGAGUCAUGAGUGUUGAUCACCGUUCGUUCUUCUUGGAGCUCGAUUACGACGGAUCUCCUGUCGUGGUAAACGAAAGGCUCCUUGCGGCAGUCGAAGAGCUUCCAGACUGGAAAGUUGACCAGACCACCUUUGAUCAGUAUAUGAAUUUCUUCAAUGACUGGGGGACGCACGUCAUGGAGUCCUGUGUAUUUGGAGCACGGUACCAGCUCAAAGUCAACAACGAACUGACAAAGACGGAAACUAAAGAGAAGUUCGAGCUUCACGUCAAGGCCGAAUAUAAUGGAAUAGCAGAUGUCAGCGGGGACGUGAGCGUCAAGAAUUCGAGCGAUUAUAAGACGUAUCGCAAAACACGCGAGAACCAGGUGUAUGUUCGCGGCGGAACCGACGCUUCUCGAGUCGAGCUCAGCACCUCGCAGCCUGAUGACAAUCCCGAAGAGUACAGGAAGACCUUCAAUGAAUGGGCGCAGACACUGAACAAUUCUAAUACUGCCUCCCUAGUCAAUAUCAGAGUUGAUAGUAUUGGCAACUCCUUGCGCAAAAGCGGAAAUCCGGAAUACGAGCCAGCUGCAAGAAAGCUGAUCGAUGCUCUGGGAUAUAUCUCAGCAUUGCGAGUCAUCCAAGGCCAGAUAUCGGUUGAAUCAUUUGGAACCACCGAGCAGCCCGAGUACACUUGCUCUCUUCACAAUGUUCCUGGUAUGCAGCUGAAAUACAUUAGCGCGGGUUCGGGCAAUCUAUCGCCUGUUGACCAAGAGCCAACCUCGUUGAAACUUCGACUUCAGGCCAACCCGACACAGUCCUCGGAGCCAGAUGUCAUCAUACCGCAGUCGGGAACCUCUGCUUGGGUAAAUGUCCAGGUCACGACGCCGCAGGAGGCGUCUGUGGUGCAUCUCGAAAAGCCUACGAGCAAGGGAUGGUACAGCUUGGUUCUCGAUCUGCAGCCCGGAGGACCUAAAGUACAGUCAACCGUCGAUGACAAGCAGACUACUAGAGACAUCCCUGUCGACUCCCUGGCAAUUUCCGGCACGUAUGGCACGUAAAGGCCACGAUUUCCAUGCUAAAUUGAUGUCUUUUUCUUUAUGAGGAAUUUUCGGUAACUUUGAGAUCAAUAAAUGGGCCUAACCUAGGUAAUUAGUUAACCUAGUUAAUCAAACUUGCAGUAAUUAGUUACAGGCAAUUGAUCAUCACCCAACGUAGUUAUGUAGUAGUUGGUUACCUGGUUGAAGAUAAAACUUGGUGCAUUAAAAUAGAUGCCCUCUAUCGCUUCUAUACUUCUGAACUUCUGAAUCUAGAAAUGCCAGCGGGCGUACCAUAGCUUCAUGAUCCUUCGUCUCGUUCGACGUAGUUGAGCUGGCCCGGGUAGAGCGCCCGCGUAAAGACAGCCAGGUGGUCCCUGGGCCUGCUUCAGCUGCUGUC